CUAGUCCCACUCCCACAACCUCGCGUUUAAAAAGCUUCCCCCCUUCCUCUGUUCCUCCACCGGCCGGCGACCACCUUACGCAUCCAUUUUCAGUCCCGCCUUUACCAUGGCAUUGGGACGGCGCACACCACUCCUGCUCGUACUCACGCUCGCCGUCUCAGCCACGGCGGUGGCGGAGCUCGUCAUCCACGGGCGCACGGCGGACGCAGCGGGGUGGAUGCGUCCGGAACCCAGCUCCUGCGGGGGCACGGAGGAGGAGUGCCUUCGCGAGUACGGCGGCGGGUUCGGGCUGAGGCGGCGCCUUAACUACUACGCGGAGGAGGAGGGCGGUGACGGCGGCUACUCGACGCAGCCGCAGUACAUCAGCUACGCCGCGCUGAUGAGGAACUCGGUGCCGUGCUCCGUGCCGGGCGCGUCCUACUACAACUGCGAGCCGGGCGGCGACGCCAACCCCUACUCGCGCGGCUGCUCCGCCAUCACCCAGUGCCGCGGCUAGCUAGCCGGCGCUGCGCCGCCACUUUCUUUUCUGUAGCAGAUCUGCUCCGUCGAUUUGUUCUUAGUUUGGGACCUGAUGUAUGUGUUUGAGCGUGGUUUUGCUACUGGAGAGAUGUUUUGUUCCUUUUUA